AAGGAAUCAUUUUAAAGGUGACUACCAACAAAAGGUAAAAUGCAGAUUCUGUGGUCGCCUCUUCUAGCUCUCCUACUCUGCUGCUACCUCUCAGGAAGCCAAGCCAACCGUGUCUACGUUCACCCCUUUCAUCUCUUUGCUGCCGAGAAUGUCAGCUGUGAGACCCUGCAGACCCAGACGUCCAAGCCUCUGGAGACACUUCCUGUGACGCUCCUUGAUAUUGAAGUCCUGACACCAGACAGCAGGGACCCGUCUAAACUGGAUGCACAGAGGCAGAACAUCACAGAGAGGACAGUGGUCCUGGCAGAGCUGUUGAACUCUCUUGGCCUGAGGAUGUACCAGGCUCUCAGCAGCAAACAGCUCAGCUCCAAUAUCCUCCUCUCUCCAGUGAACACCUUCGGAUCCCUCGUCACCUUCUACCUGGGAGCCUCCAAGAAGACAGCAAGCUCGUUCCAGCUUCUACUGGGCCUGAGCAGCGGCACCGACCGAGAGGACUGUGUGUCCUUAGUGGACGGACACAAGGUUCUCAAGACCCUGCAGAGUAUUAACUCUCUGGUGGACGAUGGACCUAAAGAUGAGAUCACCACCCAGGUCUGGACCUUCACUCGCCAGGAUGCUCAACUGUCCGAGGACUUUAUUCAAGGCACACAGGACUUCUCAGACACAUCGUUCAUCCGCGGGGUCGACUUCUCCAAACCUCAGGAGGCUGAGCAGCUGGUGAACAGCUUCGUGGAAAAGACGUCAGACGGGAAGGUGAAGAGCGUCUUCAAAGAUCUGAACUCCAGCAGCAACCUUCUGUUCAUUACUUCCUUCAACUUCCAAGGCAACUGGAGGACAGCCUUCCAACCAGAGAAGACCUCUUUGCAGGAGUUUCAUGUGGAUGAAACAACCACAGUGAUGGCUCCACUGAUGACCCACACGGGUCAGUACCACUACUUGAAUGAUAAGGUACGGCGGUGCACAGUUGUGAAGCUGUCUCUGAGCAAACGGUCCUACAUGUUGCUGGUCCUGCCUCAUGAAGGGGCCAACCUCCAUGAUUUAGAGUCUAAGCUGCGCACUGACGUCAUGUCUGACUGGCACCAAAGCCUCCAGGAAGGUCUGUUGGAGCUAUCACUCCCGAAGUUCUCCAUGUCUUCUGUGUCUGACCUGCAUGACCUGCUGACCAACAUGGAUCCAGAAAUUGAGACCAAACUGUUGGGCUCCCAGGCUGAGUUCAGCCAGCUCAGCAGCACUAAACCCUUCACUUUAGAUAAGGUGGUCAACAACGUUAUGUUUGAGAUGUCAGAAGAAGGAGCAGAACCUGAGGACAAGAUCCAGGAAGAGGGCGUCCCUCUGAAACUGUCCAUCAACCGGCCGUUCUUUUUUUCUGUCAUAGAAGGAGAUUCUAACGCCAUCCUCAUGCUGGGCAAGAUCACCAACCCUACACUCUAAAGUUUUAGUAUUUAAAACCAACAAAAACCUCUGACAUGAAAAAUGUCCAACAUAUCAAGCCCAUUUCUUUACAAUGUACUUUAUCGCCUACAGCUUAAGUUUCUGCAGGUGCUGAAAUCAAUCAUUCAACAGACAACCCAUUUAGAUCAGAACCUUGUUUUCCAACUGAAAUAAUGGCCAUAUACAGUACACGAGGAAUGAAGCACAACCUCGCAGUGUUGUAGUUAUCUUUCAUCAUCUAGCUGAUCUCUCCAUAAACUCAGAAGUUACUGGGGAUCCCUGUAUUUAUGUGUUUAUGAAACACACUAAUUUGUUUUUUUCUGUAAAAUUUAUUAUAGCAGAGUUCUGUACAGUAUUUUUCAGUAGAGUAGGUACAGUAACCACGAUUCUCUAUAAUGAAUGACUAAUAACGUUGUAUAUUGUAACUAAGAGUUUAGUUUUGUUUUGUUACGAUUUGUGAUUGCUGUAAUAAAACAUUUGCAUCCCA